GCAAAGUGGACGAAUUUCGCUUGCAGGACCAGAUGACAGGCGGGCGAGUAUUUGUUCUUGUUUUCGAUACGUCGCAGACAAAAAAACAAAUUUUGAAACAGUGCUCCUCGGAGACAAUCACAGGGUGCCUCUGGGGGCCUAGAAGAAAGUUGGAAAUUCGAAUAAAAUAUUCGUUGCAACCGGUAGAAGUGCGAGGAUGUUGAUGGAUACAAAGUGUGACCUUCGGGCACAAGCCAGCUGUGGAAACAGUGAUGGCGUGCGCACAACUGAAAAUGGCUACAAAAAAAAAACACAGGUGAAAACAGCUACAAACGAAACGCCGCAUCUCCGCGGCUCGGGGAAAAAAAUCCACGCACCGAGCGCCUGCGCGAGUCCUUCUCUCGCCGCCGUCCCCGGAGGUACUCCUACGACAGACACGACGGCGAGCCCAACUGCUGGCGUCGUGGUACUUUCGCCAGUGAAAAGCGGAAAGAGCCUCAUGACCGUGCCCUUGGUGCCGUCUUCCGGGCACCCGCAGCCAUCCCCGCUUGGAAGCAAGACGAAGACGAGGAAAAAUUUCGUAGCGGCCGACGGAGCGCAAAACGAACUACCGGAAGCGGAAGACAUGUCCUCAUUCUCCUCCCCCGGCCUCUGGAGCGACCAGUUGUCUGGCCCGUCGGUCGCGGCCUACGGGGCAGAAGGAGACGUUGCGAUGCAGGUCGGGGCACCACCAAGUCCGGGAGGUCACGAAGGACAACGAGCGACACCACACGAGGACAAGGAAGAGGCCACGUUCGCAACAGCACACGACUUUUUAUACCAGGACAUCGAGCCCCGCAAGCGCGACUACGAGGAGGCCCACUUCUCAGCGCACCAUGUUGGAGGGACGAGAGGCGACGGCGUGAAAGCAAAGCUCGCAGCUGAAGUGACGCGGGUCCAGUUCUUUUUUGAUACAUUUACAACAUGGGGGGCGAGCUUUUGGACGACGGUUUGCUACUUCCUCGUCUUCGCUGUCGGGGCGGUUUCCACUGGCUUGGUGUGGACGUGGUGUGUGAAACGGCAGGAGCGGGGGAAGAAGAAGGAGAAGCCGCCGGCGGCUCUGCCUACUGGUGGUUCCAAGCCCCACUCUACUACCGACGACGAGUACGAAAGCAUGCUGAGAACCGCGGGCGCCUUGACCAGCACUAAAGCCGAGUAUGUUAGUACGUCCACACGACCUUAGAAGCUGUGUUGGAAACCAGGCGGCUUCUUUUCGACGCAUUUGCCAUGUCCGCGCUAUCUUCGCGUUUCCGUGUACGAAGUACUUCAGUGAAAAAUGUAAAUGUAAGAUGAUUUAUUCCUAUGCGUACAAACCACAUCUGAGCUUGAGCACUUUACCCAAUGCCAAAAAAUCGCAAACUUUCGCAAGCUAGUACAAGAUUCAGUACCAACAUCAAUUAGAUUGCUUAAUUCGAGGAGCAGCAGAGGUCGUUCCUUCUCGAGGGCAAUUUGCGACUUGAAUAUCAAGUGGGGUACAGGGUGCCAACAUUGUUUGACUGUUGAACACGCCCACAAUUUUCGCUGGUAAUCUGUAAAGCUGACU